GCUAUAUGAAGAUUGGGUUCUCAUUCGUGCGGCUACGGGAAUAUAUUAAAUUCUAGACGUGUCGAACAAGUUUCUAAGGCCAAGUUCCUAAGCAAUGGAAUUUCUUGAAAAAGCACAUGUUGGAUUGGAUAAUUUGUAUACUUCCCUUAGGAGGGAUACAUCGACUUUUUAUCUGAUCGUGGCAGGUAUAUUACAUGGGCGUACCUAUAUUAAUAUGUAAACGGAGAAAUUCAUCAAGCCCGCAACUGCUGAGCGACUCGGUCUUUACUCAUAUUCGAUCAUCUCAUACGAUAAUCAUCCCUAUGUGAGGGUAUACAUAUCUGGCGGUCAUCCGCCCAAACUCACGAGCUUCAAGGCCUCAAAGCUCAACCCCUCGCUUCCACCUACCCCCGUGAAAAGAAGUCACCACGAUGAGACUCCUCCCAACCAUCACCGCGCUCCUCACAUCCGCAGCCGGCAUCACAGCAGCACAGGAUUGCGACCUCCCAUCAUCCUACAAAUGGACGUCGACCCCGGCGCUAGCGACCCCCAAACCAGGCUGGGUCUCGCUCAAGGACUUCACCAGCGUGAUGUACCAGGGCCAGCACCUCGUGUACGGGACGACGCACAACUCGGGCGCGGGCUGGGGAUCCAUGAACUUCGCCCCGUUCGGCAACUGGACGGCCAUGGCCCUUGCCCCGCAGAACGCGAUGACCGCCUUCGCCGCCGUCGCCCCGACGCUGUUCUACUUCCAGCCGAAGGACAUCUGGGUCCUCGCGUACCAGUGGGGACCCACCGCGUUCACGUACCGCACGUCGUCCGACCCGGCGAGCGUGGACUCGUGGUCCGCGCCGCGGCCCUUGUUCUCCGGGACCGUGGCCGGGUCGAGCACGGGCUGCAUCGACCAGACGCUCGUCGGCGACGCGACGAACAUGUACCUCUUCUUCGCGGCCGACAACGGCAAGGUGUACCGCGCCAACAGCAUGCCGAUAGACCAGUUCCCGGCGGACUUCGGGCGCGCGUCGACCGUCGUCCUGAGCGACGCGACGCCGGAGAAUUUGUUCGAGGCCGUGCAGGUGUACACCCUGCGGGGCCAGAGCGAGCAAAGCAAAAAGGAGAAGUACCUGAUGCUCGUAGAAGCGAUCGGCGCAAACGGCCGCUAUUUCCGCUCGUUCACGGCGGAGCGCCUAGAUGGCGAGUGGACGCCGCAGGCGGCGACGGAGAGCGCGCCGUUCGCCGGAAAGGUGAAUAGCGGCGCGGCGUGGACGGAUGAUAUUAGCCACGGCGACCUGGUCCGCGAGAACCCCGACCAGACGAUGACGGUGGAUCCGUGUCGGCUCGAGCUGCUGUACCAGGGGCGGGCGCCGGGGAGUGGUGGCGACUACGGGCUUUUGCCUUACCGGCAUCUAAAAUACGUUUCACGCACCCCUGAUUUGGAUGGGUCCGGAGAAAAGGGGAGGGUUACACAAAUUGCAAACUCGCCACGUGCUAAAGCCUUCAACAGAACAGAAAGACUAAUAUCCUUAUUUCGUCAAAAGUUCUUUUCUAUAACCCUAUGUCAUCUCUAAUGAUCAUCUCUUAGAGUAUUUGGGUUCUUAUUCUCGAAAAGAUCUGGAUUUGAUUCCGGCGCGUCGAGACCUCCCAAUAGGGGUAAAUGGUUAUUCGCUUCGGGCUUUGGUAGAGGAUAUGAGAUAUCAAGGUGAGGAAAGACACAGGUAGAUACUAUAGUUGCAAGUUGAUAAUGUGAUACUUUGACCAUAUUGGCGUCUACUAGUAUGUCUACCGGGGUAUACGGUUACGUCGGGGCUCCUUUCAACAGGAGAAAAUCUGCCAUUUCGAAGUAAUGAAACGGAUAACUAACUCACGAUGUUAAUAUAGAGCAGCAAUCAUCACUCGCUUUUACGAUAAUAUUAUACCUGAACAUGCCCUAGAAAUUAGAGGGAGCGUUGACGAUAACCUAGGUAGCUCCUGUUGACGAUGAUAGCGGCGAUAUUAAGGUGGCUGAUUUUAAUGGGAUUAUGUAGGGGAUCAGUUAUUAGAUAGGAGGUAUGGGAAGGGUAGGGUAGGGAAUAACAUCGGGCUGCUAGACAUUUCACAUAAGCAAAGAAUGGUAAACACCGUAAUCAUAC